AUGGCAACUCCGCCUUUUCUUUCUCUCAUUUUCAUGUUUAUCUUCUAUUUUGAGAUUGCUUGUGGAAGUGCAAUUUCAUCUGUCACCAAAGGUACUGAUAUUAGCAAUUUACAGACUUACAUUAUCCACGUCGAGCAACCGGAGGGUAGAGUUUUUGCCCAAUCAGAAGAUCGUGAGAGCUGGCACCGUUCUUUCAUGCCAACUACUACCGCAAGCGCGGAUAAGCAACCACGCAUGCUGUAUUCAUACCAAAAUGUGAUUAGCGGUUUUGCAGCAAGACUGACCCAGGAGCAAGUGAGAGCUAUGGCAGAGAAGGAUGGUUUCGUGGCAGCGCAUCCUGAAAGGAUAUUACAUCCACAAACAACACACAGCCCCAAGUUCUUGGGGUUGCACCAGCAACUGGGAUUCUGGAAAGAAUCAAAUUUUGGAAAGGGGGUGAUUAUCGGAGUAUUGGAUGGUGGAGUUCUGCCUUCCCAUCCUUCGUUUAGUGAUGCAGGAAUGCCGCCGCCACCUGCUAAAUGGAAAGGGAGGUGUGAGUUCAACUUGUCAGACUGUAACAACAAACUAAUUGGUGCAAGGUCAUUCAAUCUCGCAGCUAAGGCUAUGAAGGGAGGGACAGCUGAGGCACCAAUUGAUGUAGAUGGACACGGUACCCACACUGCAAGCACAGCAGCUGGUGGGUUUGUAAAGAAUGCUGAUGUGCUAGGAAAUGCCAAAGGCACAGCAGUUGGAAUGGCACCUUAUGCCCACUUGGCAAUUUACAAAGUGUGCUUUGGAGAUCCAACAGAUGAUUGUCCCGAAAGUGACAUUCUCGCUGGGCUUGAUGCUGCUGUUGAAGAUGGGGUCGAUGUGCUCUCACUCUCCCUUGGUGGAGAUUCAGUUCCAUUUUUCAAGGACAGCAUUGCAGUAGGCUCAUUUGCCGCGAUCCAAAAGGGGAUAUUCAUAAGCUGUGCAGCCGGGAAUUCUGGUCCUUUCAAUGGCACAAUAUCUAAUGAAGCCCCAUGGAUACUCACAGUUGGAGCAAGCACAAUUGACAGAAGCAUCAUAUCCACAGCAAAGCUUGGAAAUGGAGAAGAAUUUGAUGGUGAAUCCCUCUUCCAGCCUGUUGACUUCCCUUCAACACCAUUGCCUCUUGUUUAUGCUGGAGUGAACGGUAAACCAGAGUCCACAUUAUGUGCAGCAGGAUCCUUGAAAGACAUUGAUGUCAAAGGGAAAGUAGUUCUGUGCGAGGGAGGAGGGGGUAUACGAAGAAUUGCUAAGGGGGAGGAAGUUAAAAAUGCUGGGGGUGCUGCCAUGAUUCUCAUGAAUGAAGAAAGCAACGGCUUCUCUACCGAGGCUGAAGCUCAUGUUCUUCCUGCAACACAUGUCAGCCAUGCUGCUGGACAAAAGAUCAAAGCCUACAUAAACUCCACAGCAACACCUACAGCAGCAAUCUUAUUCAAAGGAACUGUCAUUGGGAACCCAUUAUCUCCCCUUGUUGCUUCUUUCUCUUCAAGAGGCCCCAACCUAGAAAGCCCAGGCAUUCUCAAACCAGACAUCAUUGGACCAGGAGUGAGCAUUCUAGCCGCUUGGCCUUUCCCUCUUGAUAAUCGUACAAACUCAAGGUCCACUUUCAACAUCAUUUCUGGCACAUCAAUGUCUUGCCCUCAUCUUAGUGGCAUUGCAGCUUUGCUCAAGAGCUCUCAUCCAUAUUGGUCACCAGCUGCCAUUAAAUCUGCUAUAAUGACUUCUGCUUAUACACAAAAUGUUGAAGGCAAAGCCAUUGUUGAUCAAACGCUUCAGCCUGCAGAUGUCUUUGCCACAGGUGCAGGCCAUGUCAAUCCAACAAGAGCAGACAACCCAGGAUUAGUUUACGAUAUUCAACCAGACGAUUAUAUACCAUAUCUGUGUGGUCUGGGCUACAAAGAUGAGGAAGUUGGGAUCCUUGCGCAUAGAAAAAUAAAGUGCUCAGAUAUAUCAAGCAUACCCGAAGGAGAGCUAAAUUACCCUUCGUUCUCUGUUGCACUGGGACCAUCUCAGACAUUUACGAGGACUGUGACAAAUGUUGGUGACGCAACUUCAUCUUAUACGGUCACUGUGGCUGCACCAGAAGGAGUUUAUGUGAGUGUAAAGCCCAAUAAGCUUUACUUCUCACGGGUGAACCAGAAAGUGAAAUAUUCAGUGACCUUCAGUCGUACUGGGUCAGGUACCAAAGUCGGUGAAUAUGGACAAGGGUUUCUAAAAUGGGUUUCUGCUAAACAUUGCGUUAGAAGUCCAAUCUCUGUUAGGUUUAAGUAGUGCAUGUAGACAUACUAUGCAAGCAGUAACUUGUAUUGUGACUUGGUAUGCUUUAUCCGCUACUGGCUUUGUUGGCUUUAAAGAGAGAAGUUCAUUGUAAACCGAUCAAUUAAAAAACUAAACUCUACUUCAUAAACAGCAAA